CCGCCAUUUCCCCAGAGCAGCGGAGGAAGCAGAAGCAGCCGCCACCACGGCCAGCUUUCCAAGAAGAGCAACCGGAUUCCUCUGCCGUUCCUGCCGCAAGUAGAAGGUCGAGGAAAAGGGGAAGCGAAAGCAAAGAGGGUGGGAAGCAUCUCCCUUUCUUGGCAGUCUUUGAACGGGGAGGGGGUAUCGGAUUCGUUCGCGUCGUGCGGCGGAGAGUAUGACGGCGGGGUCGUCGUUGCGGAAAUAGGGGGCGCCGAGGGGAAAAGAUAUUUUUUGGGGGUGGGGAAUGAGGGAAGGCGGCGAGGAGGAGCCGGACGAGGCGAGCUCGGCGGGGGCGGCGGCGGCGGCGGCGGACCUGUUGACCCACUUCCGGCGCGAUCUGGCGGCGGGCGCCCUGAUGGGGGGCGUGGUGCACACCAUCGUGGCUCCCGUCGAGAGGGCGAAGGUGCUGCUGCAGACCCAGGAGAGCAACCCGGCGAUCGUGGAAGGCCGGCGCAGGAGGUUCCGGGGGAUGUUCGACUGCAUCUUCCGCACGGUCCGGGAGGAAGGCGUGCUCUCCCUCUGGAGGGGCAAUGGGAGUAGCGUGAUCCGUUAUUACCCCUCCGUGGCGCUCAAUUUCUCUCUCAAGGAUUUGUACAGAAACAUGUUAAGGAGGGGUGAUUCUCUGAAUGGUCACUUCAUUUCAGGUGCACCAGCCAACUUCAUUGCUGGGGCUGCUGCUGGUUGUACAACUUUGGUCUUGAUAUACCCACUUGAUAUUGCUCACACCCGUUUAGCCGCUGAUCUUGGGAGAACAGAGGUUCGUCAGUUUCAAGGGAUUUAUCAUUUCUUGGUCACCAUAUGCAAGAAGGACGGCAUCCGAGGGAUUUAUAGAGGACUUCCUGCAUCACUUCAUGGAAUGGUGAUUCACCGUGGCUUAUAUUUUGGUGGAUUUGAUACAAUGAAGGAAGUAUUGUCCGAGGAAUCAAAGACUGAAUUGGCACUGUGGAAGCGCUGGUUGGUGGCUCAGGCAGUCACAACAUCAGCCGGUUUGGUGUCUUAUCCUCUUGACACAGUCCGGAGGCGGAUGAUGAUGCAAUCUGGAUUGGAGAAGCCGAUGUACAGCAGCACAUUUGAUUGCUGGAGAAAGAUUUAUAGAAUGGAGGGAGUAGCUUCUUUUUACCGUGGAGCAGCUUCAAAUGUGUUCAGAAGCACGGGUUCAGCUGCAAUUUUGGUUUUGUAUGAUGAGGCCAAGAAGUUUUUGAAUAGGAGCAGAUUAUAGUGGAAAUUACUUUGACAGCAUCGAUUCUUUCCUUUUCUUUUCGUGAAAUGGUAGAAGGAAAUCCAGUCAAGCAAACCCUUGAUUGUCUCUAGUAAUCGGAGCUGUCUAAACUGACCCAUUUUCUUUCCUUUUCUUUUCGUGAAAUGGGUCAGUUUAUACCACUUGUGCGGCUCACAUAAUUGAUAUCUCCAAAACUACACUACAGUUGCCAUUCAGUUUUUGAGGCUAUGGCAAAUUAAGUCUCGAUAUUUUGUUACCAAAUAAAGAGGUCGAGGUUCCCAUUUUGCUAGAAA